AUGGCCCCAAAGCGAUAUACUUAUUCAGAUGUGAAGAAACUAACAAAGUCAUUCAAAGAUAAAGUAGGACAAGGCGGAUUUGGUGUUGUAUACAAAGGAAAGCUACCUGAUGGGCGUAUCGUGGCGGUGAAAGUUUUGAGCAAGUCCAAAGAUAAUGGAAAAGAAUUUAUUAACGAGGUGGCAAGCAUUAGUAGAACAUCACAUGUUAAUAUAGUCUCUCUUUUGGGAGAAUGCUACGAAAGGAGUAAAAGAGCUCUAAUCUAUGAAUUUGUGCCUAAUGGAUCUCUUGACAGCUAUGGAAUGUUGGUUCUUGAAAUGGUUGGAGAAAGAAAAAAUAUUGAAGGUGGAACCUCUAGAGCCAGCGAAAAAUAUUUUUCACAAGGGAUUUAUAAAAAGCUUGAACAGGGCGAGACUCUUGGUACUUGUGAUGUUACAGGAGAUGAAGAAGACAUAAUAAAAAAGAUGAUAAUAGUAAAUUUAUGGUGCAUUCAGACCAAUCCUUCAGAUCGACCAUCUAUCGAAAAAGUUAUAGGGAUGUUGGAAGGUUCCGCUCUUCAGUCCUUGCCAUUUCCUCCAAAGCCCGUCCUGGAUUCACCUCUAGAUUCUUCGACAACUUCAUUGUCAAUGUAA